AAGAAAUGAAAUAGAAAGUAAAUUUGUGAUUGUUUUCUGUUUGUAUGCUAAAUAUACUAUAAUUCUAUAUUUGAGAUGGAAAUUUCAUAAUAUAUCCCUUUAUGUUUUAUUAUAUUUCAUUUUGCUAAUCAAUUUUAUAAACUUUAAGAAAUUAUAAUCUAGACAUUUUAUGUAGCUACAAUCAAGUAGAACUGAAACGCUGUAUGAAUAUAAAUGUCUAAUUUUUUUGUCAGAUAUUUUUGAUAUUAUAACAUAGUUUAUAUCAGUUGCAAAAUUACUAUUGCAGAGUUUAUAUUUAUGAAAUACAAUUCGUAAUCUUCAUUAUACAUGUUGCCUAUCAUUUACAAUUGUGUUACGAAACAUUUCAAAUUAAACUCAUUUACAAAUAAAGUAGUUAGGAUGUCAACAGAUGCUUUAUGUAAAGAUGCUAGGAUAAUAUUUAAAACAGGCUAUAGAUCUGUACAACCUUUAAAUUUAAUUAAUAAAGAAGUUGAAAUAAAUUCCAAUAGCAUACAAAUUCAAGGGAAAAGUUUUCCAGUUUUCAAAAAUGUUUAUAUAGUUGGGUUUGGAAAGGCUGUUUUAGGUAUGGCCAAUGCUCUUGAAACUAAGCUUCAAGAACAUCUAGUUUCAGGUAUAAUAUCUGUACCAGAUGGAAUGCUAACAACAUUAAACACAAAAUUACAUGAUCAUUUCUCAUCAAAGUCCUGUAUACAAGUUUAUGAAGGUGCUUCAAAUAAUAUUCCUGAUGAAAAUUCCUUGUUAGCAGCUACCAAGAUUUCUGAAAUCGUCAAUUCCCUCAAAGAAUCAGAUCUUCUAAUUGUAUUGAUAUCUGGUGGUGGUUCAGCAUUGUUACCAGCUCCCAAACCUCCAUUGACUUUAAAAGAAAAACAGAAAGUUAUACAAUUAUUAGCAUCUAGAGGUGCUGAUAUUGAAGAACUGAAUGCGGUAAGAAAGCAAUUAUCAAUGUUGAAAGGAGGAAAAUUAGCACUUCUAGCUAAACCAGCUAAAGUAAUAAGUCUUAUUUUAUCUGAUAUAAUAGGUGAUCCAAUAGGUAUGAUUGCUAGUGGCCCAACAGUUCAAAACAGUGAUAACCCAUCACUUCCCUUAUCUAUUAUUGAAAAAUAUAAUUUGAUCCAAGAUUUACCAAAGACAGCAAUUCAAAUACUUACUGAGGCAGCAAAUCAAAAGCAAAUAAAUGAAUCUUUUUCCCAUGUCAGUAAUUUUGUAUUAGGGAAUAAUGAAACAGCUUUGAAAGCAGCUGCAGAAAAGGCAACAGAUUUGGAAUAUCAAACACUUAUAGUGACUAACAGAUUAAGUGGAACAGCAAGUAUUAUAGGUACAAAACUUAUAUCACUAGUCAUGUCAGCAGUGGACAAAAGAAAUUUAAAUGAAAUUAUUAAUGAAUUAAAACUACCAUCACAUACACAAGAAAUGCUAUCAGAGGCUAUUUUUCAAUUGAAAACUUAUGGAAAAAAACUUUGUUUACUGUUUGGUGGAGAGACAACAGUUGAAGUGAAAGGAACUGGGUUAGGAGGUCGUAAUCAAGAAUUAUCACUAUCAGCAGCUUUAGAAUUAUAUAAUCGGAAGCCUCAGAAUAGUAUCAUUUUACUAAGUGCAGGAACAGAUGGUAUUGAUGGUCCAACUUGUGCAGCUGGUGCAAUAGCUUCUGUUUCUUUAACAGAAGAAGCAAAAAGCAAAGGACUAAACCCAUCUUCUUAUCUGUUGAACAAUGAUUCAUAUAAUUUUUACUCUCAAAUGAAUGAUGGAUGGUGGUUAGUUAAAACAGGACAUACUGGUACUAAUGUUAUGGAUAUUAUAAUUAUAUUAAUCACUUAAUCCAUUUAAAACUGUUUUUUAAUCAAUAUAUUAACAAUUAUAUUAUUGUAAUCAAAUUUUUUUAAUAUAUUGUGUGAAAUUUUUUUAAGUUUUAAUCAUUUUCUUUGAUGCAAUAAAUAUGC